AAGAGGUGUUGGCUGGCUACCAUAACUCCUCCGAUUUAAUUUAACACCACGCCCGUUACAGAAACUUCUUCUCAGUGCAUCUGAACAUUUCGGUUAGUCGUCAGACUCGGGUGAAAACAAUACACCGCUUGUAUUUUUGGGGGGAGUAGAUUCUAGCUACCAUGCGUAACUGGAUUAAUGACGAUGCAUGCUCUGCUAAAGUGCCUGUUUUGCUACCUCAUCACAAUCACACUGUAGGCUCCUGCUCAUUUCUUGUCCAAACCGGUAUGUCUGAUGAGGAUUCACGUGCCAGCACCAGCUCUUCAUCAUCUUCUUCCUCCCAUCAAAAUAAACAGAAAGACACACCUUGCAAGAAACGGGAGAGCAAAGCCAGUAUGAACAAGACCUCCAAGCUGCUAUCCACCAGCGCAAAGAGGAUUCAGAAAGAGCUGGCAGAUAUCACCCUGGACCCUCCUCCAAACUGCAGCGCCGGCCCCAAAGGGGACAACAUCUAUGAGUGGAGGUCAACCAUCCUGGGUCCACCAGGCUCUGUUUAUGAGGGAGGGGUAUUUUUCCUGGACAUCGCCUUCACACCUGACUACCCCUUCAAACCACCCAAGGUGACCUUUCGGACCAGGAUCUACCACUGUAACAUCAACAGCCAGGGUGUGAUCUGUCUGGACAUCCUGAAGGACAACUGGAGCCCUGCCCUGACCAUCUCCAAGGUGCUACUCUCCAUCUGCUCUCUGCUCACUGACUGUAACCCAGCUGAUCCCCUGGUGGGAAGCAUCGCCACCCAAUACACGACAAACAGAGCUGAGCAUGACCGGACAGCCAAACAGUGGACGAAGCGGUACGCCACAUAGGACCAUUGAGCUCGGGGAGGGGUGGGGGAUGGGGUCACAUCUGGGAGGGUAUUUCUAUUUCAGAUUUUUAGUACUUUAUUGUCUGGUGUAUUUUUUUUCUUUCUGAUUAAGUUAUCUCAGCAAAUAUGGAAAUAAAUAAUUACAAUGAAAA